AUGCCAUGCGGCACUCAAAACACUACGUGCAUUUUUCGUAUAUAUCGUUCAGGUAUCUGUGGUGGUAACAUCGAGUUACCAGUCGAUUGUCGUGGGUUUUUAGUAACUCUCAUUCCACGAUCGAAUAGAGACCGUCAAAAACUUCAGUUUACUCUUCGCUAUGGAGCGAAAGGUAAGAAGCUUAAAUUUCGAGCACCCAAUGCUGAAGCUUAUAGCCACUGGAUCGCCGUUUUGCGUAAGGCAUUUAACGGUACGAGCAAAGGUGUCAAGUUGAAUCGCCAGGAGACAGUUAGUACUAUCCAUGAAAGUUGUUCUGGCUUCUCUGACAGUGACAACUUCAGCAACUCCGACGUUCAAAAUGAUCAUUUUAUUGAUUUUAGUGACGAAGUCUCGACGUGCGGACAGCGAGGAUCCGAGGCAACGAAUACACUAAUCACUAGUAUCAAACUUCUCUCUCAGGGUGGCGUCUUUGAAAUGGCUGGCAGUCUUUCAACCCCUGACGUAUCCAGUGCAAGGAAUUUUGCCAAAAGUACCGACUUUCGUAGCCAUCGAAGCUCAAUCGAGAGAGCUUUUAUUUCCCCACAAACUUUAUCACUAAGCUUGAUACCAUCUGAAGAAGGAUUUGAGAUGAUCAGUGGUCAGCAAAAGCUAUUUUGUGUCGCCAUUGACUGCGAAGGACGAGCCAUCUUUUCAGUCUAUGCGCUGCCGCAGGAAGCUCCUUCCCGGAAUGAAAUGCUGCUAAAGCUUUCACACAAACAAUGGGCUCAGUGGAUUAGCCGCGAUCUGCACGAUAGCGACUGUUUGCCUGAAGUAUAUCGCCUUACUAGCAACAGUUGCAACCGUCUGAAGCUGAGUGAAGUGCAAAGCAUCGUUCAACUGUGCCUAGCGUGA